AUGGGAUUGGACUUGGAUGCCCUGGAAUGGCUGCAGAUACUGUGGCAUAGGUUAGUUGACAAGAACCUUGCUAGGCCAAAAGCCCAGUUCAUCCUGUGGAUUGCGUGUAACAACAAAUUGCCUUGCAAAGAGCGGUUGCACCGAUUCGGUCUCCUUAGUAACAACAAAUGUGUGUUUUGCAAUGAGAUAGAAACUUUGAACCAUUUACUGUUUGAGUGUCGUAUUACUCGUGUGAUCUGGAUAUAUGUCCUCUCUUGGAUGCAGCUAACUCAUACCCCUUCUAGAUGGAAUGAGGAAAUCCAGUGGGUCAUGGAGAAGAGCAAAGGCAAAGGAAGUAAAGCUUCAAUUCUGAAGUGUGCUUUUACGGAAACAGUUUAUGAAACAUGGCUGUUCCGAAAUCGGUGCUGUUUUGGUAGAUCUUUUGAUAGUGAGAAUAGUAGAAUAGGACCGAAAAUUAUUGAUACUAUUGUCUAUAGGAGCUGGCUGAAUAUUAAGCUUAGGCACUAUGUUGCGAAGCUAAUGAUGCCAUAG